AUGGGCAAUCCUAAGAACACCGGCACCCUAGCAUUGACACUCCUUGUCAUCAUCAUCUUUACCAUCAUAGACCAGUCAUCAUCGGCCCGAAGCCUGGGCAAUCCCGCCCCAAAUGGCCACCAAAGCCAUCACACUGUCACAUUCCUCAUGAGAAAUGUCCUGAGCAACAUUUCUUCCUUGAGACCGGCCACAGGUAAAGUUCCCAACAACCAACUCCCCUUCCCAAAGCCGCUAGGCCUUUUCCCUCCCAGCAAGGGCAUUCCAUUAACCCAGCCUAACAACCCUCUGGGCCCGGGAGUCGCUGGCUCAUCCACUGGAACACUUGACCUGGCUGGCACAGGCUUUUCAUUUCCGGCCAUCGCCACACUUCAAGAAUUGGAACUCAGUAGCGUAACAGAGAUUAAUGAGUACUUAUUUGAAGGAUUGGUUUUCAGUUCCCGGGUGAUUGGAAAAGCGCAAGGAGUGUAUGUUGCCAGCUCGGAGGAUGGAACCAGCCACAUGAUGGCAAUGACUGCAUAUUUUGCAGGCAGUGAGUUGAAGGAUGGACUGAGGUUCUUCGGGGUUCAUCGGACAGAUGUCUCGGAGUCUCAUAUUGCAGUCAUUGGUGGUACAGGAUUGUAUAAUGGUGCAAAUGGCUAUGCUAGUGUCAAGUUCAUUGACGGUGAAUAUAACCUUAGUGGGGAAGAUACAAGAGAAAGCAUGUACCUUUUAUUCACAGUUUACCUUAGCUAG